CUUUCGUUCCUCUAGAGCAGUCGACCACGCGAAUACACCAGCGUCUAGAGGUCCAACACGAACCCAAUUUUAUCUCUCAACAAUAUUAUUCAUUGCCUCAGAAUCAUAUAAAAUAAUACAAAAAAUUAUUAAAAUUUUGUGCAGCAUUUAAUUCAGUUUCUUAAUUCGCUUGCUUUCGUAAUAUGUGGAGUCAUAAAGUAUUCUUCUUCAGCUUCCUCAUUCUUGUGCUCGGAUGUCUGUUGUACCAAUACAAUGAUUUUGAACUUUGGACUAACGAGGACUCUGAAACAUGCCCUGAAACUCAACACUACGAUUACAUUGUGGUUGGUGCCGGAUCAGCUGGAUGCAUCGUGGCGUCCCGUCUCUCCCAGGAGACCAAUCUGACAGUACUGUUGAUUGAAGCAGGAGAAGAGUUUAAUUGGCUCUCGAGUGUACCACUGGCGGCACCACUAAUGCAGGGUACCAAAUUGGAUUGGUCCUACUCGACAGAAUCCCAAAAAUUUUCGUCUUGGGGUCUAAAGGAUAACAAGCAAAUAUGGCCGCGCGGAAAAGGUGUAGGAGGAAGUGGUAUGCUCAAUUACCUGGUGCAUUCCUUCGGAAGACCGAAUGACUACGCCAACUGGCCCACAGGCUGGAAUCACAAAGAUCUUAGUCCUUACUUCCGGCGUUUCGAAUCUAAAAUUUCUUUGAGUGAAGGCAUACCAUCCGAAGACGAAUUGGCUAAAGUAUUCUUGGCAGCUGGAGAUGAAGUCUCUCGAAAUUCCGGAAGAGCUGACGAAUCCAGACAUCACUUCCGGCGCGCCAGUUCUACUCUGCUGAAGGGCGCUCGGCGCAGCAGUUAUCACACGUAUUUGCGACCUGUUUUAUCCAGUCUUCGUCUCCUGACCAACACCCUGGUUACCCAGCUAAUACUUAGAGAAGAUGGUAACGCCGUUGAGGGUGUCGCUGUUAGAUUUGAAAAUGGAACAGUCGCAAGAAUAGAAGCUAGAAAAGAAAUAAUUUUAUGUGCCGGAGCCGUGAAUACACCACAUAUUUUGAUGCUGUCAGGAAUUGGUCCAGCUGAAGAGUUGGAAGAACAUCACAUAGUACUUCGUAAAAAUAUCACGGCGGUUGGGAAGAAUUUGUUUGAUCAUUUGAACGUGCCGAUUUACGUUAACUUGGAGAAGCCAGUUAGUCUGACUCUGAGGAAGAUGCAAUCGGUUGUUCAAGUCUUGAAGUACAUAGUCUUUGGAACAGGAGUCCUGGCGUCCAAUGCAAUAAUCGGUGUCGGUCGAGUGAACGACAGUGGAAUUUUAUUAUUCGGAAUGGGAUCCGCCGAUGAGAAGAUGUUGAAAGACCUCGCUAACUUUCAAACGAAGACAUUCAGGGCACUGUUUCCAUCAUACAAUAAUACCGGACACGAAGGUUUCAUUUAUCUGGCGAGUUGCUUGAAGACCAAAAGCCGUGGCUUUGUUGGAUUGCACUCGGACGAUCCUUUGGAUGCUCCAAAAAUCGAUCCCGCGUAUCUUCAGGAUCCUGAUGAUGUUGCUUGUACGCGAACAGCUAUUGAUCUAGCACUCGAUACUCUGGAGAGCUCGAGCUUUCGUAAGAUCGGGGCCAGUGUUCAUCUUCCUGAUCUGGAGCAAUGUCGUCACGCCAUGAAGAGUUAUCGCGAUCCUGAAUACGCAAAGUGCGUGAUGAAAGUUGGUGGUAUCGCAGGUCAUCAUCCCGGUGGAACUUGCCGAAUGGGUAUCAGUGACGACGAAAAUGCGGUCGUUGAUGAACAUUUGAGGUUAAAAGGUGUUGAGGGACUGAGAAUAGUAGACGCUAGUGUUCUACCCUCGCAAAUAUCUGGAAUGCCAAAUUCCGUGAUAGUGGCAAUGGCUGAUCGUGCAGUUGAUCUUCUUCUAGGUUAUGAUUCCAUUAAACAAUCGGAUCUAAGUGUGAACGAGGAGAUCAGUGAUGAAUGUAAAAAUUAAAAAUGUAUAGGAAGAGAAGGUCAAGAAUGAAUAUGCGAAAGGACGCGAAUAAUGUAUUGUGAAAAAUUAAAUCAAUCUAGCUCUA